UUCAUCUUAUCCAAAACUCGCCCCUUUCCAGCGACGGCUCCCUUUCUAGCGAAGGCAGCGACGGCGGAGCACGAGCAGGUGAGGGGCGGCGCCUUCGUCGGACGGCUAGCCGUGGCGGAGGAGAAGGCGGACGCCAUGGGUGCGGCUACAGACAAGGCGGAAGAGAAGGCGGACGCCGUGGGCUUGCUGCAUGGCUACAGCCGAGGCGGAGGAGAAGGUGGACGCCGUGGGCGUUCAUGGAGGAUGGCCCUUAAGAUGAGUAAUGAACAUCCGUUGAGCCGUCCAAUGUUGCCUGUGGCAACUACACCGGAGCCAUCGUCUCCUUUGACUUCACCGCCAUCGUCUCCAUCGACUUCGCCGCAAGACAAUCUGCCACCGCCUCCGCCGAUUUUGCCGGAAGACCAUCAGCCGUCGCCUAGACCUACUUUGAGAAAAUAGAUGACAGCACUGUAACUUAAUAUUACACAGAACAUUGAAGAGGACUUUGAUAACCGACCUUCAAAAAAAGAAAAAAAUUCUGAAUCAAGUGUUCUGGAGCCAUCACCUAUGUCACCAACUAUGUCAACAUGUACUCCAGUUUCUGAGUGUUUUGAAUCGAUUGUGCCAAAAUCAGAUAAUCAGAUAGAUUGUGGUCCAUUGCCAUCACCUCCAUCCCCAUCUAGCUCGACAUUAUCAAGAACAUCGGUCGAGCCGUACAAUGGCGCCUGCAGCGGUUACACCAGAGGUAUUUAUCCCCUUGAUGAAAGCUAAUCACUGGAUGUAAUCCCCUGUUUUAGUUGUUGUUUCUGUCCUGGUUAUACAGGCAGUUUUCAACAGCAGCAGACUAGCAUGCCCAGUCUGAACUUUUAGAAUGUUUUCCCAGUUCAUGUUCAACUUUGAUCCUUUUUCCAGUUAAAGUUCCAAGCAACUUUCCUCUGUGAAUCUGAGAAUCUCACUGAAAUUUGUGUUUCAUUGUGUA